UCUAGCAGGUAUUUUAAUUGGUGUUCUGAUAAACGAAUAUACUAAAAAUAGGUAAAUAUAAUAAUUUUCCCUUAAAUUAGAAGUAAAGAGAGAAGAUUAAAACAGAGGAGCUAAGUGGCACAGUGGAUACAGCAUUAGACCAGUAAAACCUAAGUUUAAAUCUAGCCUUUGCUUUAAAAAAAAUUUUUAUGUAGAUUUUCUCUUUUCCUUUUUUUAAAAAUUACAUGUAAUAACAAACUUCCACACAAGUUUUUCUAAGUUAUAUGAUCUAAUUUAUCUCCCUCCAGGUGCUGGCAGGUAAUUGGAUCUGGGUUAUUUGUAUAUUAGCAGAACAUAUUUCCAUAUUGUUCAUUUUGUAAAUUAUAAAUCUGAAACCCCAAAACAUAAACCAAAAUUAACAAGUGAAAAAGCAUCUGCAUUCUGACUCCAGUGGUUCUUUCUCUGGAGGUGGAUACCAUUCGUUGUCAUAGGUUCUUUCUUUAGUUUUAUCCUGGAUCAUUGUAAUGUGGAUAAUUAGCCUUUGCUAUUUUAGCUGUGUGACCCUGGGCAAAUUACUGGACCUGUCUACUUCAGUUUCCUCAGUUGCAAAAUGAGAUUAAUAAUAGUAACUUUUCCCCAGGGCUUUGUGAGGACAAAAUGAGAUAAUAUUUGUAAAGUGUUUGCAAACUAUAAAGUGCUACAUGAAUACUAGAUAUUAUUAAUAGGGUAAGAUGGAUUAACAAACUGAAGACAGCCAUGAGAGUCAAACUUCUGUGGUUUUCCUGUCUAUUUACUGGCAAAGAGCCUCCCAUAUUUUGUGAGCCCAGUCAGUAAUAAAUAAUUUUGGAUGAGAGAACAAUGAUGAAAGACUCAGCAAAAGCAAAUAGGGAAAUUAUUUUGAUGAAUAAACACCCCUUUGGGAUGUUCCUGUGAUGGGGAGCCACAUGUUGAAAAUAACAGCAUUUCACUUCCCAAGUCUUUCAGUUGCAAAGUGAGUUAAUAAGUCAUAAUCCUGCUCUGCUGAAGCAGUAGUUAUUUACAAGCCUGCUGACUUUGCAGAGGACCCAAGCCAACAGAAAAUCCAGCUAGCACUGCCAAAGGGGUGAUAGUAAUAGAAGCAGAUGACAUUUAUGUGAUGCCUUUAAACUUUACAUUCUCAUUUAAUCUUUACAAUAAACCAACAAGGUAGCUAAUGUAUGUAUUAUAAUUUCCAUUUUAUAGAUGAGAAAACUGAAGUUAAGAGGUGACCCAGUAAGUGUCAGAAUCCGAAUUUUAACCUCUUCUCACUCUAAACCUAGUGCUAUUUCCCCCUGCUCUAAACUCGUCAUCCUAGUGCAUUUUGGCUUACCACCGAGGUCAACUUUCUGUAGCUAACUGGUAUAUCUAAUCAUAUAUAGUCUCAAGGCUUAAGCAGUACUGCCUAGGGUUAGGACUAGAGGCAAAGGCAAAGAAACCAUUUCUCUAUUUCAAAGAAACCAACAAAAACAGAAAUGGAAAACCUUACCUUUGAUAUGAUUGGAAAACCAUAGAAGAGUGUUGAGGGAGCAAGAGGUUUCCAGGAAGAAAGGUUGAGCAAAUUAACUCCUUCUUCAUGGAUAGAUUGGUUUUUAAAUUUUGCCCUUUCCCCUCGAGUCCUUUACCUCCUUCCCUAAUGACAGGUUCUCUGGGUUGGGUGAUAUCUCAGAAGUCAUCUAAUCCAUUUUAUUCCUAAAUGUCAUUAUGUCUAUCCCCUUCUCAAUACUCCCAACAAAAAUACAUCCAAUCUGGACUUGACCUCCAGUGAGGGGAAACCCACUAUGGUACAUGAUACUCUGGUACUAUGGGAAGAAUGUUGAUACUAAUGCCAGAAGUCUUGGGUUCAAAUUCUGCUGCUGACUUUAGAAAAAUUACUUAACCUCCAGAGACUCAGUUUUCUUAUCUGUAAAAUGUGGGGCUUGGGCCUGAUAGUUUCUAGGGUCCUUUCCAACUCUACAGCAAUGAUUUCACAAUCUCUCAAAGCAGUCCAAACCAAAAUGAAACCUCUCUCUGCAAAGUAUCAUCAUAUAUAACUUUAGCUCUAAGAAGUCAUCUAAUCCAACUACCUCAUUCUGCAGAUGACAUUCAAGGAAGUGAAGUCACCUGAAGUCACCCAGGUGGUUAGUUAAGUGGCAUAAACACUGUUCAAACAUUUCAUCCUCAGUCUUCAAGUCCUGCAAGCUUUUUCACUGUUCACAUUGGUUUGGUAGGUCCUGCCUUUUGGGGCCAACCACAACCCACUUUCACAUGACAAUUCUUAGCCUACAUUCAUAUGGUUAUCCAGUCAUAUCAGGCUUUGAUGUCUGCCUUCAAUUUGCCACCUCUUCCUUAAUCUGUUAUUCAUAUUAGCUUUUAUGUAGCACUUCAUGGUUUGCAAAGCAUUUACAAAGUUUGCCGGCUGCUGCCCUCUUGGACAGCAAACAGAAAGAUCGAGAGGGAAAAGAAGGUUGGUUUCUUGAUGGCUCCUUGGGGUUCUUGAGCAGUUCUUGAGCAGGAGGGGGAUGUGUUGCUGCUGCUCCUGCAGCUGUCCCACCUAUCCCUCUCCCUAGAGAGCAAACAGUGUGAUGGAGAAGAAAAAGGGGGCUGGUUUCCUGAUAAGGGGGACGUGCUGCUUUGCCCACUCUGCUUUGGCCAGCACACAAAGUGAUGGAGAGAGGAAAGAAGGUUGGCUUCUUGGUGGCCGCUUUGGGCUCUUGAGCAGGAGGGGGACGCGAUGCUGCUGCAGCAGCAGCAGCUGCGGUUAAGUUGCCAAUCCGCUGACAAAGGCAGCUCUAAUGAAUCACUCCGGCAGCGCUGCGAUCAUGUGGUGCCGGGGCCGGCGGACCUAGGGCAGCCAAAGAGGAAGUGCGAGCUUGUUUUCUUUCAGUUUCUGAGCUCCUAGCCCAGCAAGAUGAAAGGGGGCGGUGGCCCGAGCAGAAGCAGCAGCGGCGGCGGCAGCGGCGGCGGCAGCGGCAGCAGCGCCGGCAGCCUCCCCAGACGCAGCCUGAGGACUCCAUGAAGUCCGAGCGGCGCCUGCAGCCCAGCCCGGCCGAGCUCUCGGUUUUCUGAUGGAGGUCCCUCAAUGGGACCCACUGAGAAAUGACUCCCUGCCACCCACCCUGACCCCAGCCGUGCCCCCCUACGUAAAGCUCGGCCUUACCAUCGUCUACACCGUCUUCUACUCGCUCCUCUUCGUGUUCAUCUACGUCCAGCUCUGGCUGGUCCUGCACUAUGGACACAAGCGGUUCAGCUACCAGACGGUCUUCCUCUUCCUCUGCCUUUUCUGGGCCUCUCUGCGGACCAUCCUCUUCUCCUUCUACUUCAAAGACUUUGUCGCGGCCAACUCACUGAGCCCCUUCGUCUUUUGGCUGCUUUAUUGCUUUCCCGUGUGCCUCCAGUUUUUCACCUUGACCUUGAUGAACCUGUAUUUCACGCAGGUGAUUUUCAAAGCAAAAUCAAAAUAUUCUCCAGAAUUACUGAAAUACCGACUUCCCCUCUACCUGGCUUCCCUCUUCAUCAGUCUUCUUUUCCUGUUGGUGAAUCUAACCUGUGCAGUGCUCGUGAAAACAGAAAAUUGGGAGAGAAAGAUUAUCGUCUCAGUUCGAGUUGCCAUUAAUGAUACCCUCUUUGUUCUCUGCGCCAUCUCGCUCUCUGUCUGCCUCUACAAGAUUUCCAAGAUGUCCUUAGCCAAUAUAUACUUGGAAUCUAAGGGUUCAUCUGUGUGUCAAGUGACCGCCAUUGGAGUGACCGUUAUCCUGCUUUAUGCAUCCAGAGCCUGUUACAACUUGUUUAUAUUAUCCUUUUCUCAGAAUAAGAAUGUCCAUUCCUUUGAUUACGACUGGUACAAUGUAUCAGACCAGGCAGAUCUGAAAAAUCAGCUUGGAGAUGCUGGCUAUGUAGUGUUUGGAGUGGUCCUUUUUGUGUGGGAGCUCCUGCCCACUACCUUAGUUGUUUACUUCUUCCGAGUUAGAAAUCCUACAAAGGACCUGACAAACCCUGGGAUGGUCCCAAGCCAUGGAUUUAGUCCUAGAUCCUAUUUCUUUGACAACCCACGAAGAUACGACAGUGAUGAUGACCUCGCCUGGAACAUUGCCCCUCCAGGGCUUCAGGGAAGUUUUGCACCAGAUUACUAUGACUGGGGACAACAAACUAAUAGCUUCAUGUCACAAAUAGGAUCGCUACAAGAUUCGACAUUGGAUCUCGACAAAUCCAGCAAUCUGCCCGCAAUCUGCUAACAACAGUAUUAUAGAAUUUUGUUACGAUUAUAUUUCUCGAGAGACUGAUUUUGGAGUAAUAAUAUAAGUUUAUUGAUAUCAGGUUUAUUGGUUAGGCGAACAUCAUAACCAAUAAAGGGAUAUAUAGGUUGUUUCUCAUGACCAGCCUGAUAAAUAGAUUUUUAGAAGUUCAUUAUUCAGCCUCUUCCUUGACCAUCCCAGGACAUCUUUAACCCAUGAUAGCUAAUUAAGAGGUGGUCCAUCAACCUAUCCACCCUUCCCCCUCCCCACAUCUUGGGGAACUGAUAGACAGGAAAAGGACCCUUGUCCCCUUCAAUUAUUAAACACAUUCUGUUAAAAAGGAAGUUAUUCCUUUGGAUUCCCAAGGACAAAGAAAAUGCCAAAAGUAGUAGUUUAGAGGGUAUCUCUAACUCAGAUCCCAGACAGAGGAAUACCUAGUAAUCCCCCAUAGGAAUUAAUACAGUAUAUGUGAAAUAGAUUCUCACAAUUUUAUUCUGAAGUGAAAAGUUUCAGAAAAACAAGUUCAGAGACAGCCGGAUGUUAAGGGCACUGUCAUAGGAAAAAUAGGAUUUGACUUUGCUACAGAUUUCUGAUGGCUCCAGUGGGACUAAGCAAUAAUUUAGAUGGAUAAGACUUUAUUUUAGUUAGUACUAAAGAAAUGAGCCUGGUUAUUUCCCUAGGCGUAAUUUAAUUUUUUUUUAUUUGUACUUUUACAGAAGUCAUAUUUUAUAUAACUUAAAAGGAUAAUGCUAAAGUAUAGUAAGGUUCUCUCCCAAGAAUUUGUUGAUGCAAUGUGUUUUUUAGUUUGCACAGAUAUUUUUAUGUAUAAUUCACUUUAAAAGUAUAAAAUAUAUAGUUGAAUGUGUACUGUAUGGCUUGAUGCAUUCCUCAGAUUAUUAAAACGAUUCCAAUUUAAUUCAAAAUUUGAACAUAAAUAUCCUUUUUUAGAAUACAGAAACCCUUCUCACUGCUCCACACAUAACCAGUAGAAGCUCAGUUUGAUGAACAAAGUCCAAAUAAAAUUGUUCCCAUUCUCAGAGUUGCAAUUGAAUAGACUGUUAGAAACCUUCUGGACAACACUUUUCCCAAGGGUUAAAACCCUGAUGGGGGGCUCCUCAAGGAGAAUUUAGCUUGCUUUUUUUUUUUUUAAGAAAAAGGAAAGCCUUAAAUUUUGCUCCAAAUCUUAUGCUUUUUAAAGGCAAAAUGUAGACAAGCUAAAUCUGACAUUGGAUGAGCUAACUUAAAUCUUGAACUUUCUCUUCCAUAACAAUAGGGGUUUUGCAUAGUUUUUAUCCAAAUUAGAAUCUAAUAUUCAAAAAUUCAGGCAGCUAGAUGUAACAGUGGGUAGAAUGCAGGGCCUGAAGUCAGGAAGAGUCAUCAUCCUGAGUUCAAAAUCUGGCCUCAGACAAAAACUUCCUCUGUGACCUGGGGCAAGAUGCUUAAUUUUGUUAGCCUCAGUUUCUGCAUCUGUAUAAUGAGCUGGAGAAGGAAAAGGCAAACCACUUUAGCAUCUGCCAAGAAGGCCCCAAAUGGGUUUGUGAAGGAAUGGACACAACUAAACAACAAAUCCAUAAAUUCUGGACCUGAUCCUCCUGGGACUCUUCCACAUAUCCAGUGCUUACUAAAUUCUGUUAGACACGGGUCAGUUUCUUAAAGAGGAUUUACUACAUCCCUAGUAUUAUUAACAAAAGUCAAGGAUAUAUUUACUUUGGGCCCCAAAUAGUUUUUAAUUCAUCUUAGGUCAAUGUGGAAAAUAUGAAUUUAUCUGAACUGAUUUUAAACAUAACUUAAUAAAAAUUGAUUGUCUAGAAGGAAAGUUCACACAAGUUAUAACAUGGCACAUUUGCCUCACAGCAAGGGGUACCUUCUAGAGAAUUGUUUUUCUCCUGGGUAGAAAAACACACCACAGACCCAGCUUCAUUUGAAAAAUGCUGCAAAUGUUACACACACUCUGUGCAUGUUUUUUCAUUGUAAAAAAUCUCUGGAGAAUGAAAGAUGACUCAGGCACAGGUUAAAUAGGCAGGUUUUCUAUGGAGCCAAGAGCCAGUGAAAAGUUGAGCUGACAUUUGAAGAGAUAAGUAGUAUUCCUACCCAGCAAUCCCAAGUCUCAGGGCAAUAAAAUGGAAAGAAAUCUUAUCUUUAUUCCUGUUUAGGUAAAUCCCACCUUCAAUACAAAACUAUCAAAUGAUCCACAGUUUAUCAUUUCAUGCACCACAAAUAUUUUCCGUGUAGUAAUCCAGAUGAUUUAAACCUCAAAGAGUAAUCUCACUUCCGUUCUCUUGAUGCAAUGUAAAGUAACUGGGGCGAAAGUGUCAAACUAGACCAUGAUGUAGAUUUUUGUAACCUCGUAUAGUUAGGAUUAACUCAGAGCAUUCUAAAUUGAUGAGGGUCUUCAGACAGAAAUGGAAUAUGCACUGAUUAGUUAUUUUUUCAUAAAAAUAUUUCAGAUAAUACAAAAUCAGAACCUUCGUUUAAAAGAUAUCAUUAAGAAUGACCUGCCACUGUUUCUCUAUCUUUGGAUUCUUCCUAACAGAGUAUUCUGCAGUAUAAAGGUCUCUGGGUUUUUUUCUCUUCUGUAAGCUGGUGGGGGAAGAGGGAUUGGUAAAUGUCAGGGUUCCUAACAGCUCUCACCAUCUAGGAUUCUAGGAGAGCUCCUUUUAAGAACUUUUCAUGAAGGUGAUGCAGAAUACUUUUCUUGUAGCUAAAUAUAUUCAUUCAAAUUGGAUUCAUGAUCUCAUUGAUGUGGCCGAUGCAAAUCAUAACCCAUUCAUGCCUGCCCAUCCCACAAAACCCUCAUUCAUGGCCUCCCAUGAGUUGCUCAAAGAGGGUCUCCCCCAUCAUGCUAGAGACCUUCCUCACUUUCUCUUGGUAUCAUGAGGAUACUGUGAUCCCCAUGGGCUACCCAUUGGUUAUCCCACUCAUCAUAUGACCAGCCCGCCUUCUGUCUUGAUCAUACAUGUCUUUGAUGACAUCUUUUGCUCCAGAGUAAAGUGUUUAUUAAUAUGAUAAAAAAAUCACAUCAAAUCAUGUCACUGAAACCAAGUAAUGAUUCCACUCUUAUGCUAUAAUCAAGAAACGUUGCUUAAACUUUUAUGAUUGUAGGCAGAGAAAUUUGAAAUGCUCCCUGUGUCACCAUUACAAGCCAUAAUUUACCGUCAUAUUAAAGCUGCUAAUAUUCCAUGAAGAUGAACUGGGGAGGAGGGUUAUAGUGAUGCAUUUAAUAUCUACUUAAUAUAUUUUGUGUCUUAAUUUUUCUUUCUGUAGUGAUGUUAAAAUGACGACAAAAUUCCAGUCUUCUAAACGCACAGCUGCAUAGGAACUGUCUUAAUUAACUUGCAACCUGUACUUGAAUGUACCCAAAUGCAAUCUCUCUUUCUCUUCUAGUAACUGAGUAUGCAUACGUUUUUGAAAGACAGAGGGGUGGGAGGGGAAAAUGUCGUUUUCAUUUAGCUUCUUAAUUUAUUUUUGACUGUUAACUAUUAUGAUGAAGCUGCUUAGUCUAUGAAAUCCUCAAAAAAUCUGAAGGAAAUUAAAGGAGUAAUUAUCACUAGCUCUAAAAUAUUCCUGCAGGCUAUAUUUGUUUUCUUUGCCUUAAAGCGAUAUAAGACAAAGUCAUAAAAUUUAAGAUUAAACGGUAAAGGUAGUGGACGGUAUUUUAAUCAAAGUUCUGAGCCAACAUAUCAAAACCUGAUACGAUACCAAAAGAAUUUGCUUAUGAUGGUUACUAGCACAUAGAAUAUAAUUUACUUAACCAUUAAAAAUAAUAUCUAUACAGGCACAAUAGCUUUCUUUUUUAUAAUUAACCUCAAAAGAAUCCUAUUGUACUCAUGUGGCAGACAUUUUACUGUGGCAUUUUAUAGACAGUCCAUUCUAAUUGGGCCAGUUUAAAAACACAGACAGACACACACAGUCGUAGUGUUUAACAGGUCUGGGAUGUUGCCAAGUAAUUAAUGCCAUAAAAGACAGCAUGGACACAUGUUGCAUUUGAAUGAAUGAACUUAGGUAUUUCUAAAUUAACUCUUGUGAAUUUAGUACUUAUCAGUACCUGGCACACAGUAGGUGCACACUAAAUAAUUGUUGAUUGACUUAUUGGACUUGGAAUGUACUUAAAGUAUCUAUGAUGGUCAUCAGAAUUAGUUUCUUUGAUCAGUUACUUAUAAGUCUGGGACCAAAUCGAAAAGUUUCAUCUUAUUUUUAAGUUGCAUUUGCAGAAAUUAUGUACUAUCCAAUAUAAAAAGUUAUCUCCUAUAAGAGGAAAGAUCAGGCAUUCCCAUCCAUCAAAAAGCAGUGCUACAAGAAAUACAAUCUUAAUUUUUGACAAUAAAAUCAAAUUAACUUUAAAUUUAUAUGAGUCUAUGUAUUUGAAGUUAUAUUGAGAAUGCCAAUAAAAGAUAUUUCAUAAA